AUGGGCGAGCAUAAUCUCCUGAAUCCCGGGUUUGUGGGGCCGCUGGUGAACAUCCACACGGGAGACACGUUCUACUUCCCCAACUUCCGCGCGUCCGGGGCGCAGCUGCCAGGGCUGCCUUCGCUGUCCUACCCGCGCCGUGACAACGUGUGCUCGCUGCCCUGGCCGUCGGCGGAGCCCUGCAAUGGCUACCCGCAGCCCUAUCUCGGCAGCCCGGUGUCGCUCAACCCGCCCUUUGGCCGCACGUGCGAGCUGGCGCGCGUGGAGGACAGCAAGGGUUACUACCGCGAGCCGUGCGCCGAGGGCGGCGGGGGCCUGAAGCGUGAGGAGCGCGGGCGCGACCCGGGCCCAGGAGUCGGGCCGGGGGCGGCGCUGCUGCCGCUGGAGCCGUCGGGGCCCCCUGCGCUCGGUUUCAAGUACGACUACGCGGCGGGCGGCGGCGGCGGCGACGGGGGCGCGGGACCCCCGCACGACCCGCCCUCGUGCCAGUCACUGGAAUCCGACUCCAGUUCGUCCCUGCUCAACGAGGGCAACAAGGGCGCCGGCGCCGGCGACCCGGGCAGCUUGGUAUCGCCUUUAAACCCCGGCGGCGGGCUCUCGGCCAGCGGCGCGCCCUGGUACCCGAUCCACAGCCGCUCCCGGAAGAAGCGCAAGCCCUAUUCGAAGUUGCAGCUGGCGGAGCUGGAGGGGGAGUUUCUGGUGAACGAGUUCAUCACGCGGCAGCGCCGGAGGGAACUCUCAGACCGCUUGAAUCUUAGUGACCAGCAGGUCAAGAUCUGGUUUCAGAACCGGAGAAUGAAAAAGAAAAGACUUCUGUUGAGGGAGCAAGCUCUCUCCUUCUUUUAG